CGGGCGCCGGGUCUGGCCGCGCGGUGCCCGGCGCUUGUUGAAGGCGCGGCGAUGACCGCUCUGAGCCGGGGCGAGGCCACCGAGGCGGGCAGCGACCAACAGAUGCAUGGAAAGACGGCUUCUCUGAAGAGCCCUGUGUCCUGCUCAGAGAAACUAGCCAGGGUUCAGGCACCUUUGGACUCCAGUCUGCACUGGCCAGAGGGCUUGAAGGGUGAAGAGAUAAAGAAGUGUGGCCGAGAAGGGACACUACUGAGUAAAUACAACCAACAAUACCACAAGCUGUUUAAGGACAUCCCCUUGGAGGAGGUGGUUCUCAAAGUGUGUUCCUGCGCCCUCCAGAGAGACCUUCUUCUCCAGGGCCGGCUCUACAUCUCCCCCAACUGGCUCUGCUUCCAUGCCAGCCUCUUUGGCAAGGAUAUAAAGGUGGUCAUUCCCGUGGUGUCUGUCCAAAUGAUCAAAAAACACAAGAUGGCGCGGCUUCUUCCUAAUGGCCUGGCCAUCACCACCAACACCAGCCAGAAGUAUGUCUUUGUGUCACUGCUUUCCCGGGACAGUGUAUAUGACAUGCUGAGAAGGGUCUGCACACACCUCCAGCCUUCCAGCAAGAAGAGCCUGAGUGUAAGAGAAUUUCCAGAGGAACCUGAAUGCGAGUCCCUGGAAGUCCUCAUCCCUGAGAUGAAGUGGAGAAAAGUGUGCCCUGCCUCCAGGUCCCUGUCCCUCCCAGACAACAUCCCUUGUAUCCCUCGGGCAUCCAUGGACUCCACGGACAGCUUCUUUCCCAGGAAGCCUCCUGGGUCUGAGAAUGACGUCUGUGAGGAGGAGAAGCUGGAGGAGGAGCCCAGGAGCGACGGGAAGCUGAGGCUCUGGGAUUACCAGCUCCUCAAGGUCAUCUUUGUGCUGAUCUGCUUCUUGGUCAUGUCGUCAUCCUAUCUGGCAUUCCGCAUCUCCCGGCUGGAACAGCAGUUAUGCUCCCUGAAUUGGGAUGGCCCAGUCCCUGGGCACAGGUAACGGCCACCCCGGCUUCUCCAAGAAGAACGCUCUGGGUGCUAAGGUUCCACCAGUGACUCCUGUGGUUGAUGCUGCUGUGCUGAGACUGAGUAGGAAGGAGAAUACUCCAGAUCCUUCCUCCUCCCCCAGCUCUUAGCCCUCCUGUUGACCAAGCUCCUACAAUUUGGGGACUCAGACACAAAGCCAGAUUCUUGGAACCGGCCAAGAAAUUCUGUAUACUAAGCUUCAGCAAGCACUUGGAAAAAGAAAAUUAACUUGUUCCUCGGAAACAGUCUGGCACAGAAGCAAGAGCACUAGGAGACACCCAGGGGACAAAAGGCCAAGUUUUGGUACCUGGAAUGCAGCUGUGCAUGGUCACGCGGCUCAUUGCAGGAGUGGGACAGAGGCCCAAACCCAAACCACCAGCAGGGCUCUGCUCUCUCCCAACAUACCAUGCUCUCGCUUCGGCCCCUGAGGCCAAGGGCAGCCUGGGAAAGUGAGGGGGGAGCUAUGAAGGAGAAGAGGAGGGUGUGUAGCUAGGAUUCCAGCCAGAGGGGAAUAUUCACGCCCUGUGCUGAGGCUCUGUUCUGGGCCCUUAUGAGGAGGAUUGGCUGAAUCCAGAGGACAGUAUUUGCAGCAGAGGAUGGUGGCAGGGGCUGUGAAGGAGGGCAGAGGUCCAGCAUUCUGGGUCCUUCGCUGCCACUUCCUAGUGAGACAGGUGGAACAGGCUUUGAUCACUGUGGUCACAGACCUGGUAUUUCAUCUUCCCCUGUGUGUUCCAACAGUCUGAGGUGUCCCAGGCGGGAAGUAGACGAUGGGGAGUGACCCCCACUGGGUAUGGGGGGAGGGGAAGGUCAGGGACUUUGAUUUGAGCUUUGUACUCCCUGCCUGACUGCCUGAGGGGCCAUGACCAACAGCAGCCUGUCGGGGAAGCGUGGCUGGGCACCUGGGCACGAUGGUGUCGGGCUGUCACAGAGCUCCCUCAUGUCACCUGUAAUCAGUGAGUUGCAGGCUAUGGGGGAAGGUCCUGCCCUCCAUGAAUAAGGUGGGGGUGUCCAAGGUGGGUCUGGUACAGUGCAGGGACCAGGUCAAGGGGUUCUCUCUGAUACCUCUAGGGACAAGAGAGGUAGGGAUAGGAAGAGUAGACACAGUGGUAGCUUUGCCUUAGAGAGUCCUCCAUCUCUGCCAAGGCCUCCUCUGUUCUAAACAGCUCUGCUGUGCCUCAGAACUCUGCCAGCUCUCCCUGGGACUCCAACAUGCUAAAACAGUGCCUUUAGGGGUUCCAGAAGGGCCUUAGUGAGGAGGUCAGAAGUAUCAGGCAAAGUCGCUGGUGUUGGGGUGAGUGUGUCAGAAACAGUCACUGCUUUUCCUUCUUCAAACACCUGAGAGGUUAAUCUGGGAGAAAUCCAAGGGGAAUUUAGUUAUCGUGGAACUGUGACUAUCUUGCUUAUGACAAACCCAAAUGAGGAUGUGAGGGAUGGUGUCUGUAGGGGACAGGUCCCUAAGUGCAGACUAGUGGUCUCUCUAUUCUCCCGCCGCUGCGGGUUCUAGGAUUAAGCUUAGAGCCUGCCUGGAGGGGUGGUUUGUAGCACAGCUGUAGGUGGCAGGUAAACUCAUAUUCCUUUCUCCCCACAGCACCACUCUGGAGAAAAACCCACCCUUUUAUUGGAACGAGCCCCGUUUAUCACCUUUAUAUCAUGUUUUCAGGGAAAUAACCCUACUUACCCCAGUGUCUCCCCGCCUUGGUCCUUGCUGGAGGGCAGGGAGAAUCGGUCCAUUCUCUGAGCCCUGCUAGCUUGAGCCCCAGGCUCAUGAGAGGCCACCAGAGGUGCCACGUCAUGGGCAGCUGUGUGCACAUGCUGGUGAGUCUGGUCUCUGGCCACGCCCCAGGCUCAGAAAGGGCAAGAGCCAUGCUGCAGGGUAGGCGGCUCUGGAGGUCAUCUUGGGUCCAGGGGUUUCAGUGGUAGGAGUGUGCCUGUCGCUCUGGAGGGCCCUCUGUCCGUUUCUCCCUUUUCUUCCUCAGCCUGGUCCUCUGGGGCCAGUGUCCUUUCUCCCGUGCGCAUUUGUAAACUAUACAGACCUGCUUGUGGAGGCUGACAUUCCUCUGAUUCCCCGAGAGAUUGGUUCAACUAUCCUUGGGUUGUUCCAGCAUGGCAUUAGCCACUGAAAAUAUUUUCAAAUACAAACAUUUGAUUUUUCUAGUG